AUCACGUAAACAGAAAGCAUAAGAGGUGGGGGGAAGGGGCGAGAGAAAGCGGCGCCUUCUCCCGUUCAACCCUCCCCCCCAAAAAAAACCCUAGAAUAGAAGACACCCUUGAGGGAGGCCCAAAGUCCUCCGCCGCAAGUUCGCCUCACCGCGCGGGUUUAGGGGUUUUGAGGAGGAGAGAAGGGGAAAAAGAGAGAGACCGAGACAGAGGUGGCGAUGAAUUUUAAGAAUGUUAAGGUGCCGAGUCCCGGCCCGGGGGCGGGGACGCUGCUCAAGGUGGCGCUCUUCGGCGGCGCCGCCGUCUACGGCGCUCUCAAUAGCCUCUACAACGUCGAGGGUGGCCACCGAGCUAUCGUGUUCAAUCGCAUCCAAGGCAUCAAGGAAAAGGUUUAUCCUGAGGGAACCCAUUUGAAUCCCUGGUUUGAGAGGCCUAUCAUUUACGAUGUUCGUGCUCGCCCCCAUCUUGUGGAGAGUACUUCUGGGAGUCGUGAUCUUCAAAUGGUGAAGAUCGGGCUUCGGGUUCUUACAAGACCCCUACCAGACCAGCUACCAACAAUCUAUCGAACAAUUGGGGAGAACUAUAAUGAGAGGGUUCUGCCUUCAAUUAUUCAUGAAACUCUGAAGGCUGUGGUAGCACAAUACAAUGCCAGCCAGCUGAUCACACAAAGAGAGGCUGUAAGUAGGGAGAUACGGAAGAUAUUGACAGAGAGGGCCCGAAACUUCAAUAUUGCGCUGGAUGAUGUGUCCAUUACGACCCUGAGUUUUGGGAAGGAAUUUACUCAUGCGAUUGAAGCUAAACAGGUGGCUGCACAAGACGCUGAGCGUGCUAAGUUCAUUGUUGAAAAAGCAGAGCAAGACAAAAGAAGUGCUGUUAUCAGAGCACAGGGUGAGGCCAAGAGUGCCCAGCUUAUAGGUCAAGCUAUCGCAAGUAACCCUGCAUUUGUUGCCUUACGGCAGAUUGAGGCUGCAAGGGAAAUAGCUCAUACAAUUGCAAAUUCGUCCAACCGAGUGUUCUUGAAUUCCAGUGAUCUCUUGCUGAAUCUUCAAGAGCUGAAUGCGGACAACACAACCAAACUGAAGAAGUGAAAUAGUCUGAUUUUCCCCUGUGGUAGGAAAAAGAAACUUCCAAGUGGAACAAUGAUGAUAAUUGGAAAAGUUUCAUCGGUUCCCUAUUUUUCAUAGAAAACUUUGCUAGAGGAAAACUUUCAUACCAGUCCUCGUCAGACAAGUUGUCUGGUAAUGUUCUGAUUAUUUCAUGUGUUUGUCAACUCUAGACCAUCAUAAACCGUUUCUUGCUUCUCCAAAUGGGUCCAAUUUUCAGUC